UCUGAGAAAUCUUCUUCUUUGGGUUUAGUUGGGGUUUCUGUAUUUUUCUUUCUCCUUUUUCUCAUAUAAGUUCCCUUUAGUUAUUCUUAAUCUUUCCCUUAAUGUAUACGUAUGCAACUACUUUCUUUUAGUUUUACAAAGAUAUUGAAAAAAAAUCUAAGUUUUAGUACAUUCUGAGGAUAUGUUAUUUUUCUGGGAAAGUUGAGAUGGGUAAGAUAUUCUUAAGCAGCUAAAAGAAUUAGUACUUGCAUGGAGUUGGAGGUGGAAGUUUCUUCCGUCUUCUUCUAAUAUUCUGUGAAAGAUGUCUUAUUCAUCUGAAGAGGAAACUGAUAUAAGUGAUUCAGAGUUGGACGAGUAUGUUGAUCGGUGCUAUGAACAGUUGAAGGAUGGCAGUCGGAAGGUGAAGUUUUCAGACGAGGUGUAUAGGUGCCCAUACUGCCCUGGGAAAAAAAAGUUGGUCUAUGCACUUAAGGACCUUCUACAACAUGCCUCUGACGUUGGGAAGGGCUCUCAAAACAGGGAUAUCAAGCACAAAGGGAAGCAUUUAGGUCUUGUCAGGUACAUUAAAGAUGAUCUUGCGCAGGAAGACCUAUCUUCUGAACUAGCUGGGUUAGCUCUUGAGGUGCCCACUGGAAAUGGUGUGUCUGAGUUGUUUGUGUGGCCAUGGAUGGGAAUUCUAGCAAAUGUUGAUGCUGAGAAAAGCUCUAGACUGAAGAAUGAUCUGGCUGAGAGAGGAUUUGAUCCAGUCAGAGUUCGACUACUGUCAACUGGCGGAUAUGCAGUAGUGGAAUUUAAGAGAGACUGGUCUGGGUUUUAUAGGGCAAUAAUGUUUGAGAAGGAAUUUGAGGUUGAUCGUCGUGGGAAGAAGGAUUAUUGUGCAUCUCCUCACUUGGCAGAUGAAUUAUACGGUUGGGUUGCCCGAGAUGAUGAUUACAAUUUGAAGGGUUCCUUAGGUGAGUAUCUUCAGAAGAACGGAGACCUGAAAACUAUUAGUGAUUUGGUGGUUGAUGAGAAGCGCAAAACUGGCCUGCUUAUUGCUAACUUGAGUAACACAAUUCAAGAAUUGCGGACACGUGUUGAUGAGCUUGAAAGCAACUACUGUAAGCCCCCUGCAGCUGAUAUUCAUGUUGCUAGUCAGAAAGAUGAGAUACAGUGAUGACUUUUUCAAAGAUAUCUUUAAUUUGUUAGAAGUGUAUGCAUGACUGAAUAUUAGGUCAUCUUUGUUAUCUAUUGUUUUCCUGUUGCCUUGUCUUCCUAAAUUUUGCACAUUGAUGUUGUAGCUUGGGAGUUCUCUAUAUCAUCUCUGCAAGUAAAAGGAAGCUGAAGGUUGAUAUGGGUACACUGUUAAGAAUUUGGUUUUUAUGUAUAUAUCUUGUAACCAGUCAGAUUUGGCUUUUCUAGCUGUAUUAUUUAAACCUUUCUCCCUCUGGU